AUGGCAGCAGACCAGCUACGAUCCUCGGCAAAGCCUGGGUCCUGUUCGGCCGUUUACUCGGCACAGGAGAUCCGGGCUCAUUCGCUGCCUCAAGACUUGUGGAUGACAAUCCAUGGAAAAGUGUAUGAUGUGACGAACUUUGCGCCUGAACAUCCGGGCGGCGUGGAAGUGCUUCUUGAUUGUGGUGGUGUGGACGCUUCAGAGGCGUUUGACGAUGUGGCCCAUUCGGAUUUGGCUCGUGAAAUGCUUGAGCCGUACUUUAUAGGGUACGCAGAAACGGCUGCUAAGACGAGCCUGGAACCUACUGUGGCCUCGGAUCCCGAGAAGAACGGGCUUGCGAAGUGCUCGAGCCGAAGAAAGGAUAUGUUAAGGGACCGCAGGCGACAACGAACGGCGGUGUUGGUGCUUACCGGUGUGGCUUUCACAUGUGUGCUUGUGGUGAUGGCGCUUCAGAAGAUCCAAUGGGUGAGCCUUGUUCACAGGUAG